AUUUAACUUUGUUCGUCAGACAUUUGAGGAAGUCACCCAACAUCGUGUCACCAUGUCGACUGCCAACUGUUUUCUGUCGGAAGAGCAGUUUCUGUGCAGCAUCUGCCUGGACGUGUUCAUUGAUCCGGUCACAUUACCAUGCGGACACAACUUCUGCCACAACUGCAUCACGCAGCACUGGGAUACCAGCGCCCAGUGCAUGUGUCCUACAUGCAAAAUGCCGUUCUACAAAAAGCUCAGUCUGCGGGUCAACACUUUCAUAUCGGAGAUGGCCACUCAGUUCAGAGAGUCAACUGGCAGGAGCAGCUUGGAUCGAGAAGCCGUCAAACCAGGGGACGUACCCUGUGACGUCUGCACUGAAACCAAGAGGAAAGCCGUGAAGUCCUGCCUGGUGUGUCUGGCCUCCUACUGUGACACUCAUCUGCAGCCACAUCUGACGGCGGACCGCCUGAAAAGACAUCAGCUGACUGAUCCAGUGGAGAACUUGGAGGGCAGGAUGUGUACGAUCCACGAGAAACCUCUGGAGCUCUUCUGCAAGACCGAUCAGAUCUGCGUGUGCAUGCUCUGCCCGGUUUUAGACCACAAGUCGCAUGAAGUGAUUCCAUUGAAAGAACAGUUUGAGAAAAACAAAGCCCAGCUGGGGAAGAGAGAGGCUGAGAUUCACCGCAGGAUCCAGGUGAGACGGCUGAAGAUUUUGGAGAUCAAACAAGCGGCGAAGCUCAGCAAGGAAGCUGCAGACAAGGAGAUGGAAGAUGGCGUUCAAGUCUUCCGUGCUUUGAUUCAGUCUUUGGAAAAAGCUCAGGAGGAGAUCAUCAGGACGAUUGAGGCGAAGCAGAAGACGACCGAGACGUGUGCACAAAGCUUCAUCCAAGAGCUGGAGCAGGAAAUCUCCGAGCUGGUGCGGAGGCGUGCCGAGGUGGAGCAGCUCUCACGCUCAAAAGACUACCUCCAGUUCCUGCAGAGCUUCGCGUCCCUGAAUGCUUUUGCACUCACCAAGGACUGGACAAAGGUCAGCAUUGAGCAGCCAUCAUAUGAUGGGAUUGUGGCAACAGCUGUUGAUCAACUGGAGGCAACUCUUGGCAAAGAGAUAAAGAAGCUCCAUCACAAGGACGAGUUCAACAGGGUGCAGCAGUUUGCAGUGGACGUGACUCUGGAUCCGGUUACGGCACACCGUGCUCUCAUCCUGUCUGAAGACGGGAAGAAAGUACAUCACAGUGUUGUGAAGAAGAAUGUUUCAGACAGCAGCAAGAGAUUUAAUCCCAGUUGUUGUGUCUUGGGGACGAAGGGUUUCUCUUCUGGAAGUUUUUACUUUGAGGUUCAAGUUAAAGACAAAACUAGGUGGACUUUAGGAGUUGCCAAGGUGUCGAUCAAGAGGAAGGGGAUUAUCCCACUGUGCCCAGAUAAUGGCCACUGGACCAUGUGGUUGAAGAAUGGAGAAGAAUACGCUGCUCUCGUUGGCUCUCCUCUACCUCUCUCUCUGAGUUCAAAGCCGGAGAAGGUGGGGGUGUUUGUGGAUUACGAGGAGGGUGUGGUCUCCUUUUACGAUGCAGAUGCUGCAGAUCUUCUCUACUCCUUCACCGGCUGCUCCUUCACUGAGAAACUCUACCCAUUCUUCAGUCCCGGUCUGAAUAAUGACUUCAUCAACUCUGCGCCUCUGAUCAUCUGUAGCGUCAGUCCCACUGACUCUUCUCAAAGAUUAGUUUGAAUCAGGGGUCAUCACAGAUGCAGCAAUUAAAUGUUGUUGCACUAACACUAACAUUGAACAACCGUAAGUUAUUUUA